UUUUUCUUCUUCAACUAAAUAAAUAACAUUUCCGUUUUAUUUAUUUACUUAGUUCUAUCUAUAAACCAAUCAAUAAUGGAUAAUAACAUGGACGCUGAGGAGUUGAGAAAAAAGUACGAAAGCAUGUCUUUAGAUGAAAUGCUGGUUGAGAGCAAUAGACAGAUAGAGGAGGUCUGUAAAGAGACGCCUUCCAUCGUUCACCACCGCCGCGCUAUCAUAAAGCAGCAACAGCAACUACAGCAGCAAGAGACACAGAUAAAACCACAGGAAGAACAAGAAGAAGACCGUCUAUUGCAACUCUUAAACACUGCAGUAUCGAAUAACGACAUUCACAAGCUCGAGGAAAUCGUGCCGACAAUCAGCUCCAAAGAUAAGGAGUUACUCAAUGUCAAGGAUAAAGACGGUACUUCUCCUCUAAUUUAUGCCGCUUGCUUUGGAAAAUGUAAAAUUGUCAAAUUAUUAAUUGAAGCCGGCGCAGAUAUCAAUAUUCAAGACAAGUUGGGAUGGACGGCCUUAAUGUGGGCUAUCAAUAACCAUCAUGAAGAUAUUGCUAAAUUGCUAUUGGAUCAUGGUGCUUCCUCAGAAACCAAAUCCGCAAAUGGUCGCACUGUAAUUGAUUUUGUAAACCAUUCAUCCAAUCGUGAAGACUUCAUAGAUUUGAUAAUAACACGUGACGUUUGGGAUGAUGACUUUAAGAUAAGUAGAAGUAUAAGCACAACAAGUCAGUCUAGUAAUAUUAGCAGUAGUAGCAGCAAUAGCAGCAAUAGCAGCAGCAGUAUAUCCACUUCGGCCACUACUAUAACGACAAAAGCCAACAUACAUAUUGCAGCAGUGGAAGAUGAUGUUUCUUUUCAUACCAGUCAAUAUGAUAACGAUGUAAUAUCCGGCUAUCAUCACAACAAACAUGCAUAUUCCUUACAACAACACGACGACAUCAACUGUAUUAAUGACGAUGAUAUGAAUGUAUUUACAUUUCAGUGGGAUAAAUGCUUACCAGAUCAAAUGUUUGUCUUCAAUUCAGAUGACCUAGACUUCAUUUUAGAUACCAUUACUUCCCAUCGCAUCUGCAGUAGUAGUAAUAUUAAUAGUAAAGACAUCACUAUACCUGCUAAUAUUGUAUUCUUGGCCUCAAGGUUCGCUCAUUAUUUCUCAACAAAUGAAUUGUUGGACAAAAUAUUCGAUGGUUUUAUUGAUAGAAUAGGUACCAUUAUAAAGGCGACCCAUAGGAAUGUUCAUACAUUAGCUUACUGGCUGACUAAUUCAACACGACUUUUGUUUUAUCUCAAAAAAGACAUCGGCCUCGUAGUUGCUACCGCCAGUCAACAGCUGAAUCUAUCAGAACUCAUUCAUGAAAUCUAUACUAUUAUCAUAUACGAUAUGACAGAAAAUAGUCUGUCGAGGUUAAUAGUACCAGCACUACUGGAGUGCGAGCAGAUUACGGGAAUGGACCAUGUCGAAUUCACUGAUAGCCGGUAUCGAUUCUUCCGUAAGUCCACUAGUAGUAUCAGCAACAAUGAAAACAGCCGUAAUAAUAGCAGCAGCAAUAAUCCACAAAUGAUCACUCAAUUGCUAUCUUCACUGCUAUCUAUAUUACAAUCGUUUGAUGUACAUCAGCAGAUUGUUAAUCAGAUUAUUACGCAAUGCUUUUAUUACAUUUCUUGUACAUUAUUUAACCAGGUUCUAAACAAUAAGAAGUUACUUUGCCGGUCUAGAGCCAUUCAGAUCAGAUUGAAUCUGUCACAUAUAGAAGAAUGGAUCUCCAAUCACCAUUAUCAGCACCUUUUAAAUCACCUUCUGAGUCCAACUAUUCACUUACUGCAAUUAUUACAAUGCUUAACCCAACUGAGAGACCUUGCUGAAUUUAUUAAAGCUACAAAAGACAUGGACACCCUUAAUCUCUCUCAAAUCAAACGUGUUGUUCUCAAUUAUCGUUAUGAAGUUAACGAACCCAAAUUACCAGAAGAAAUUGUGAAAUACACCAUACAAUGCGUUGAAGAUACUGUCAAAUUCAAGCAAAAGAAAUCGAUGGAAGCUGCUUCAAUAGCGGUAACACAGAAAAGUUUUACCAGCGUAGACAAUGUAAGCAUUGUUGCUUCCACUACUUCUACGAGAAACAGUAUGUGUACUAUUAAUGAUAUGGAAGAUGAGGAUAAUGAUGAAGAAGAUGUAAAUGAAGAAUUCAAAGAUGCUCAGUAUAUGUUACCUUUCUCCAUACCCACCUUGAAUCACCUUUAUAAUUCAGAUGAUGCAAUUGCACCGUAUAUACCACAAGCUUGGCUGGACAAACUUGAUAACAAACAAUCAGACAAUCUUGCUGCCAUUAAUACCACUACUGCUCUUGAAGUAGCAAUCCAUUAAUAAUUUUUCUCGAACCACAACUGUUUAUCAAUUUUCACAUUGCCAUCCAAAGAAUAUUACGUAUAAUAUAUCACGCAUGCGCCCAUGUCCCCUUACUUAAUUGUUUUUUUCUGUAUUAUUAAUUUCUUUUUGUACAUAAUCUAUUUACCCAUAUAGCCAAAAAUGUAAUAAAGCUAUCCAUUAUUUUGAGUUGUUACCAACUCAAGAAACGACC